AUGCCAGGAUUAUCAAGAAGGGAAUCGUUGCGAUUAGCUGUAAUCUUGAUGACUUUAAGCACCGCCGCUUACAUUACCUAUUAUUUUUAUAGCCAAGCUAAGCCAAACAGAUUACGAAUUGAAAUCGAUCGCCUGAAAGAUAAAAUUCAUUAUAUCGAGGAAACUGCCAAGAAUAGUAACCUAACUAGCUCUGGUAUAAAAAGUGGUGGUAAGAAUAUAAAGCAAUUAGUCGCAAGCUAUGAGCAAAAUAUCAAUUCCCUGAAACAAGAACUUAGUCAGUCGCAUAAAAAGAUCGAUAAACAACAGCACGCUAUUGCUGAGCUACACUUGGAGAAUUUAAAGAAUGAUAAGCCCAAACUAAAUAAUUCUGCUGAAUUAGCCAUUAAAAAAUUAAUUAAUGGGUAUAAAGAGGAAGUUGUCCAUCUGAAAGAAGACCUAGUUGAAGCUAAAGAGACAAUAUUGAAACAACAACAGAAUAUUUCUGUUAUAAGCGAAGAAAAUAAGAAAAUUCAGUCUAAAAAGGAAGACGUAAAAACCGUGAACACUGAUGUCAGUAAUGGAAACACUAUGGAAAAUAGAGAGAAGACGGAUCUUAUCUCGGCCGACUUAUCUUUACCAUCCAUAGAUAAAUUUUUACCUCAUCUAGCUAACAAUCCAGAUGCUUUAAAGCCUGCUGCUAAAGAGAGUAAAGGAAGAACUGGAGUGACUUUAGUAAUUGGAAUCCCGACAGUAAAGAGAUCAAAUGCGAAUUAUCUAAUGCAAACUUUGGGAUCACUACUUACUCAGAUGAACACGGAUGAAAAAUCGAAAACGUUAAUUGUAAUCUUUGUUGCUGAGAAAAAUCCGGAAUAUAUAGCUUCAAUUAAGGCGGAUAUUUCUAAUAAGUAUUUGGCAGAUCUUGAAUCAGGACUUAUCGAAAUUGUAUCUCCCUCUCCUGCUUACUAUCCAGACAUGACGAACUUGCCUAGAACCUAUGGUGAUCCACUUCCCCGAGUGAAGUGGCGAACAAAGCAGAAUCUAGAUUAUGCUUGGAUAAUGAUGUAUUCAACGAAGAGAGGAAAAUAUUAUUUACAGUUAGAAGAUGAUGUAAUUGCCGCAAAAGGAUUUGUUUCGUCUAUUAUCUCUUAUGCCGAUAGUCAAUCUGGUAAUUGGUUUGUCAUUUAUUACUCCGAAUUAGGAUUUAUAGGAAGACUGUUUAAAACAUCAGAAUUAGGUUAUAUGAUUGAUUUCCUCAUAAUGUUCCAUGUUGAUCAUCCGUGUGACUGGAUAAUUGAAAAUGUUUUGGAAUCUAAAGUUUGUUCGGUUGGAGUCUCUACAGCACAAUGUAAUAGGUCUAAAAAAGGUAUUACAAGACAAUAUAAACCUUCACUCUUCCAGCACAUGGGUGUGAACUCGUCAUUAGCUGGGAAAAAGCAAACAUUGAAGGAUAACUCAUUUAGACCAAAAUAG